UCUAUUGGGGAUUAUUUGAUCUAUUAAGACUGACCCCCAAGCACGUGAAAACGCGCUCUCCCUGUCUCUCUCGUUCUCCAUCCGCUGACUGAUAGCACGAAGGGCGGAUCCAUAAUUUGAUCGGACUCUACAAAUAAGCUUCUCAAGGCCAAAAGAUCUACAAGAUUCUUUUUUUGAAGAAUGUUCUAUCUUGUCGCACACAAAUAUAAGUGACUUUUUUUCCGGGCAACUGCAGUGGUUGAAUCUGGGUGGUUGAAAGAAUGUCAGGCAUCGAGGAUGGAGCUGAAAAGUCCAACCCAUCCACCCAACAAGAAGAGGAAGUUGUUAAAAAGAAAUAUGGAGGAAUGAUACCUAAGAAGCCACCUCUAAUCUCUAAGGACCAUGAGCGUGCUUAUUUUGAUUCUGCUGACUGGGCUCUUGGAAAGCAAGGUGCAGACAAGAAGCCCAAAGGUCCACUGGAGGCACUUCGCCCAAAGUUGCAGCCAACACAACAGCAAACGCGAUACCGCAAGUCUCCUUGUGCUCCAUCAGAAGGUGAAGAUGGAAUUGCUCCGUCCGAGGAUCCUACUGCAAAUGAAUGAGAAGGAGAUGUUGACUCUUUGUCGAAAUGUGAUGCUGUUUACAUAUCUGCUCUUAAGAAUUUUAAAAAUAAAAAUGAUUCACGGGGUGUUUCAACUUUUACUUGAGGCUGGUAUUGUAUUGCUGUAACGUUGAUGUAGGAUAUUUCUUAUGCUGUCUAAUGAAACGACUUUCAUGUUUGAGUCAA